AUGCUGCCCAAUAAUUCAUGUUCUGUCAUGCUCAGUUUCUUCGUGUCUUCAAAUGCUACCGAAGGUGUGAGUGUAAGUUUUGAUGAUAUUCUACUAGAUUUCUGCGAAAGUACAACAGCAGCUUCGUCAUCUACACUGGCAACAACUUCAGCAACCGUAGUAACACCAACUUCUUCAUCUACAGUGACGCCAACUGCAACAACCGUAGUGACAACAACUGGUUUAGGUACAAUAUUAGGUUGUUCUCAUUUUCUGUUAUUUAUUUUUACUUGCAUUUCGUUCAUGAUCAACACGCUACUAAAAUCAAGGUCGAGUCAAUAA